AUGGCUGCAGCUGCUGUCGAUGUUCGUGCUUCAGAUUUUGCAGAAGAAGAGUUCGCCAAUUUAGAACAGAUUUUCUUGGUGAGCUUGUUAAUGUUCGAGGAACUGCAACAAGGUUAUCUGAUAUUACAAGAAAAUAGUGCUGAAAUUCCAGCUGGCUCUGUUCCAAGGAGUAUAGACGUCAUAUUAACCAAAAACUUGACGGACAAAUGUAAACCUGGAGACAAAAUAGUUUUAUCUGGGUGUUUAACAGCCAUACCAGAUGUUUCAUCAUUAAUGAAGCCCAGAGAGUUAACCAAAGAUUUAAUAAGAACUAAGUUGAAGAAUGAAAGAACUGAUCAAGGGCAAUCUAAUACAGGAAUAACAGGAUUACGUUCUUUAGGUAAAUUUAUGUCAAAACAGCCAUUUGAUGAAGAAGAAGAAUAUGCAAUAGCUCAGCACCUUGCCUCUGUUGAACUGACUAUGAAUUCCUUAGGAUUGCCAUUGGAAACUCAAGAGUUAUUUUUCAAAAUAGCUAACUCAACUGACACGUUAAAUAAACUAGCUUCUUCUGUAGCUCCAGAAAUUUUUGGGUGCGAAAAUGUGAAAAAAGGAAUUUUACUAAUGUUGGUUGGAGGUGUAGAAAAAAGCACUGGAAAAGACAAUUUAAAACUAAGAGGAGACAUAAAUAUAUGUAUUAUUGGAGAUCCAGGAACUGCUAAAUCCCAAUUAUUGAAAUACGUUCACCAAUUUGCAACAGGACGUGCUGUUUAUGCUGCUGGAUUUACGUCGACAGCUGCUGGAUUAACAGUGUCUGUACAUAAAGAUCCAGAUCAAGGGGACAGCGUUAUUGAAGCUGGAGCUUUAAUGCUUGCUGAUCAGGGAAUUUGUUGUAUUGACGAGUUUGACAAAAUAGAUAAUAAAGAUAUGGUUGCUAUUCAUGAAGCAAUGGAGCAAAAAACAAUCUCAAUUUGUAAAGCUGGAAUCCAAGCUACAUUAAACGCUCGUGCAUCUAUCCUAGCUGCUUGUAACCCCCGAUAUGGUAGAUACGAUCUAACAAAAACAUUUCGACAAAAUAUUCGUUUAAGUCAGCCAAUUAUAUCCCGUUUUGACCUUUUUUUCACACUAGUAGAUACAACAGAUCGUGAUGCAUUGAUUGCACGUCAUAUUGUAAAUUUGCAUAUGCAACUGGAUAAAAGCAACGUUCUUCAAGAGGAAACUGCAUUAUUGACCUCUCCGUUGCUUCGAAAAUACUUAGCAGUUGCAAGAUCUUGUCAUCCCGCUGUGGACGUGAGUUCUCGUAACAUAUUAGUUGAUACCUAUGUUUCUAUGAGAAGUGAUAGCACAUAUUCUCGUAAAAACGCAUACGUAACUGUACGGCAACUUGAGUCGCUUUUAAGAUUAUCAGAAGCAAUUGCAAAAUUAAAAUUUAGCAAUCGAGUUUUGCCUGUACAUGUCAAAGAAGCCAGAAAUUUGAUGCAAUCUUCAUUUUUGAACCUUCAAAAAAAUGAAAUCAUACUAGACGACGAUGAUGAUUCAGACGACAACAUGGAUGAUGACAAUAACGCCUCGAAUAAAGAUAAAACUCAUCAAGAAGAAGAUUCCAAGAAAAAUGUCAUAACAAUCAACGGGGAGGAGUACGAGCGUAUCUCAAAUUUCAUAAUUGAUCAUCUAAGAGCUAUUGAAAUUGAAUUUAUGACUGAUAAAGAGAAACCAACAGAAGCAAUUAUUGCCAAAGACGACUUAAUCGCUUGGUAUAUAGAAAAUGUUGCAGACGAAUCAAUUGGAGAAUCUGAACAUGAGACUGAACAGAUGUAUCGCAAGCUUAGUAAAAUAAUAUCUCGAAUGGUCAAUAGAGAUUUCACGUUAAUUGAAGAAAUGCGGGAUAUGAACGUUCCAAUUGAAGGUGACACUAGUAUUGUACAAUGUGUCCCAACGCUAAGAUUGCAUCCAAAUUUAGCAGCAGAUUUCAUUCCUAAUCAAGCUCCUGCCGCACACGCAAAUCUGCCUACCGAUUUUUUCACAGAACAAGCUACUAACACAGAAACCAAUCCAUCAUGGACUAUAGAUGAUGAAGCAUUUAUAGAUUACAUGUAUGGAUGGACACAGCAAUAA